AUGAAAGUUAUUGAAAGAAGCCAUUAUCCAAGACGCCUAUGGGAACGAGUGAAACUUUCAAGAAAUAUGACGCAAGCUGUGCAGCAAAUCGAUAAUGCCCUGAUCCAUUGGUCCGAGUAUAUUCGUCACAAAUGUAAAGCACGCCUCAUCCGCAUACAUCAGUACUUGAUAAGAAUGAGAAAAAUGAAACUUCGCGCAAGACAACAGAAGAUUGUUCCGAUACAAAAGAAAAUUGAAAGACGCGAAGUGCGAAGAGAAGAAAAGGCACUGAUUGCUGCGAAAUUGGACAACGCAAUCGAAAAAGAGCUGCUCAAUCGGCUUCGUGAAGGAACUUAUGGCGAUCUGUAUAAUUUCAGGAAAGAAGCAUUCAAUCGUGUACUGGAUCAGCAGGAAGCCCUGGAUGCCGAAUCGGAUCGUGAAAUUGAAGAAGAAUUGGAACAGGUAUGA